GCAGAAGGGCGGGCGUGAGGUGGCGGCGGGAGCGCACUACACCACGACGGAGACGCAGCACGCUGCGCAGCUCAUCAUCCAUGGCGCCACCUCCCACGACUCUGGCACCUACACUGCCCUCGUCACCAGGCACGACGGGACGCAGGCCCGGGCGGCGGUGGCCCUCCAGGUGGCAAGUCAUGGCGCCCCUGGCAGGGUGGAGGCCCCCACCUUCGUCAGGACUCUCAGUGACCUGGCAGCUAAGGUGGGCACCCGCGUCAGGUUCCUGGUGGAGCUCCGUCAGGCGCACGACGUCAAGGUGUACUGGUACCACAACCAGGUGGAGGUGUCGGAGGACCCCAGGUACCGGGUCCUGCACGAGGGUAACUUCUUCUGCCUCGAUAUCUCUCCCCUGAGCGUGGCGGACGAGGGGCCCUGGAAGUGCGUCGCUGAGAACUCCUCCGGACAAGCCUCCAGCAGCGCCUCCCUCAGGGUCAUUGUUCCGAAGGGCUACAAGCAGCCCGUGUUCCUGGAGGAACUGGAGGCUCUCCUCACCGCUGAAGGCACCGUCAGCCUCGAGUGUAAGGUGGUCGGGGUGCCCACGCCCAUCCUCAAGUGGUACAAAGAUGGAGUCGAAAUCAAAGCAGGAGACGUGUUCGCCCUCACCGCCAGCGCCAGCGACCCCACCUCCCUCGGCACCUACACCUGCGAGGCUCUCAACUGUAUGGGCCGCUCCGUGUCCUCCUCCAGAGUGAGGGUCAUAUCCAGGGAGUCUUCGCUAAGACCUCCCUCUAGGAAGGGCCAGAGGUCGCCGACGCCGGUGGGCCCGCCACCGGUGCUGCUGGACCAGCUGGCUGACCGCAAGGUGAAGGUGGGAGACAAGGCUCGCCUCACCCUCAAAGUGGAGACGCCGCCGGAGGUGUUGUCGGUGGCGUGGUACAACAACGGCAGGAAGGUGGAGGAGAGUGACAGGUACCGUCUUAGCGACGAGGGCGGGGGGCGAUACAUGCUCGAGAUCUCUCACACCGAACUCGGCGACGACGGGGAAUGGAAGGUCGUCAUCAAAAACGAGGGCGGGUAUUCCACGUCUUCCUGUAAUCUUAUUCUAUCAGUUCCACGGAAUUAUCGAGCUCCCAGGUUCUUGGACAACCUGAGGGCGCUGCUGACGGAUGAAGGGUUGGUGUCGUUCGAGUGCAAGGUGGUGGGGUACCCGACACCCAUGCUGCAGUGGUUCAAGGACGACCAGGAGCUAAAGCCCGGCGACGUCUACCAGCUGUCCGGCACCAACUCCUUGGGCAAGUACUCGUGCAUCGCGAGAAACUGCAUGGGGGAAGCCCAGUCCACCGCUGAGCUCACGCUUGAGGAUAUCAAGUCGCACUUGAACGAGGAGGAGAAAGAGCAACUGCUGGCUACAAAUGUUCCACCCAGGUUCAUCCAGGGUCUCCGGAGUCGCGACGUCAAGAUUGGCGACCCCAUCAGACUGUCCGUGCAAGUGACGGUGACGCCGACGCCGGUGAUCACCUGGUACCACGAGGACGAGAUGCUCGCUGAGAGCCCCAAGUACCACAUGUCCAGCGACGCCCCGGGCACCUUCCACCUGGACGUGUCCCACCUCGAUAUCUCCGACCAGGGAGAGUGGAAGUGUGUGGCGGGGAACGACUUCGGCCACAGCGUCACGGCGGCCUCCAUCAAGCUGGUGAUCCCGAGACACUACAAGAAACCCGUCUUCUUGGAGCCUCUCCAGGCGGUGCUCUCGCAGGAGGGCACCGUCAACCUCGAGUGUAAGGUGAUCGGGGUGCCCCAGCCGGUGCUCAAGUGGUACAAGGACGGCACGGCGCUGCAACCGGGAGACAUCCACAGGAUUAUUAGCGGGGAGGAUGGUACCUGCUGCCUGGGCACCUACACCUGUGAGGCCUUCAACGUCAUGGGCUCCUCCUCCUCCUCCGCUGCCCUCCUCGGCUUCGAGGACAAACUGCUACAAAGAGAAGGAGACAAGAUGGCGGAAGCUGUGGGGUUGGCGGACGCGCGAGGCAUCGCAAGGAAUCCUUCCCUGUCCACCAUCAACGAGGAGCGCUCCUCCCAGAUCUCCGUCUACGAGUCUGCUGUGUCCGAGGCGUCGGGAGACGAAGAGAGAGCAGACAUUUCCGUCAGCAUUGAUGGCCGGGAAGUCUCGCUCUCACUCUACGAAACGCCAGAUAUUUCGGAGGCGGAAGCUAAGCAGAUUGCAGAGAUCUACGCUGAUGAAAUCUCCGAUCAUUUGUCGGCUCACGAGAGUAAUCAGGCAGAGCUACCUCCUCUUCGCUUCACACGAGAGACGUCUCGCAAGGGUCCACUCAUCAUGGAAGCCAUGGUGAUCGACGUCGAGAACGAGGCAUUUGACGAGUACAUGAGCAUGGCUGACAUUGUCUACGACGAUGCUCGCACGGAGGCUGACGUGGAGGAGCUGUCCGCUAUGGAAGCUGUGGUUGUCGAAGAGAGGGAGGCAUUGCGCUCUGAUAUUGCUGAUCUGCCCGAGAUGGAGGUGUGGGAGGAGGAACACCUGUCAACACACACGGUAUCGGCGGAGGGCAAGGCUGUGGCUCACAUCAGCCAACAAGACGUUCUUCAACAUGAUCUUCGAUCUCUUAGUGAGCAGGGUAUAAGUUUACUACGAGAGCACGGUGAAGAGAAACGUGUUGUUGGCCGAGGUGAGGCCCUGGGUGUUGAGGAGCCACAGGUGAUGAGUGCUGCAGCUAAGUCAUUCAUCACUGAGAAAGCUCACAGAGCUGUGGCAGAAGCUCGCGAGAUUCCAGGUCUGAAAGUCGCUCAAAAAGAAGAACAAGCUGUAUUGUCAGGCAUCGGAAGCUUAUUGAAAAGCGAGAAAGUGGAGAGAGUUCAAGCCAAGCGGUCUAUUGAGGCUCGUGAGGCGGCAGUGGCAGAGCAACAACAGUAUCUGUCUGAGGAAGGAACGCUCUCAGACAUAACUCAUAUUGGCCAAGUUCUUGAACGAUAUCCAAGCUUUGUUACACAAGAGGCAGUGGCGGUGACCUCUCCAGAAGCGCUGGAACAAGCCAAGUCAAUAAAGUCUGAAGAAAGGCCAUCAAAGAAAGCCAAAACAGCUUCUGUAAAGAAAACUCAAGUUGAAGGUGUAACGGCGAUUAUUCAGUCACCUGAAAUUUAUGAAGGAGAUGCAAAACUGUUGUCUGAGCAACAAAUAAAAUCUGAACAAGCUAAAGCUGUUAUUUCGGAGCAAAAAGGUUACAAUGUUACCAGCGCUGAGGUUAUGGAAGAUGUCGGCACUUUCGAAGGUGAAGCAGCAAGCCUUCAACAUGCCCGAAUGAAGGAAGCCACCCAGCGACAGGCUGUUAUGAUGGAGGAAGCCGACGUUGUUAGCGGUCAAGCUCCGGAGAGUCUGAAGGUGAAACAGGCCAAAACUCAGAAGGCAAAGGCUGGUGUAGUUUCCGCCACUGGCGUAGCUCAGCAACAGGAACAAGGAUAUUAUACCGCUGCCCAGGACAUUCCUGAAUAUUUCCAGGCCGAAGAGACUGAGGCCGAUAUAAGCGAAUUGCAUUCCAUGUUGGAACCUAUGCAACAAGCCGAACAAUAUGGAUACGAACAUGCAGAGGCCUUUGUGGGCUAUACUCCAGAGCAACAAAUGGCAAUGCAAUUAGAUCCUAGCUAUCGUGAGGCUUUAGCUGUGUCUGCCAGAGAAGGAUAUUACCAAGCUGAUGAGCUUGCUUUAAUGAGUGGGGAGGAGACCCAGGCUUAUGCUCACCAGACUCUUCACGAGGCUGUGGAAGGCUACGAGCAGGUUGGAAUUUCAGGCGACAUCAGAGAUAUGACUGACUAUAUGCGUGCUAUGAGUGAUAGAGCCCAAGUCUUGACUGAUACAACCAGAGAGGCACUUGUGGUACACGAGGCUGAUGUUGACUAUGCAAAUCUUAACGUCUUUAACAAAGAAGACAUGUCACAAAUGUUGACAGUGGCCGAAGAACGAAGCGGAUCACUGGCAGAAUGUAUUGUGGUGCAAGAGGCUGACUUGCAGUCAGAAGCAGCAAUUAUAUCACAGCGGCCGGCUGCUCAGCCGGAAAGAGCUGUGGCUGGCAUUGUUGAGGGUGCCGCAGAAUCUGCUACAGUGGGCGAGCCACCUUUAAUAGCAGAAAUGGCUGCUGGUAAAGAUGGAGUGCAAAAGACCCCAGAAGCCAGAGAGAAAAAACGGUCAGCAGCUGAAUCUGCCUCCGAAGAGGAAAUGGUUAUAGCGUCACCUAAAAGUCAAUCAGGUGUGAUAUCUCAGGCGGAUGAAACAGUGGCAAAGAAAGCCAGAAUUGAAGAGGAAACUAAAGAAGACAUCAAGUCACAAGGUGACAAAGAGGCUGUAGCUGCAGUAGCUGGCUUGACACCGGAACAGAUUCAAGCCAGAAAGGAAGAACUCAAGGCAAAAAUGGAAAUUCUUAGAGCAAGAAAAGAUAACGAACUUGCUAGAACCCCAAGCAGUGAGUCUCUCACCUCAGAAUCGCUUGAAACUGAAGAGCCUAAACUUGUUAAGGUAGAGGACAAAUCUGACGACAAAACCAAAAGGAAAACUGAAGUAGACAAACCUGAUCAGCCGUCCGAUGAUACUGAAGAAAUUAAUGCAGAAGGGGACCAAUCUGCACAGAAAAAACGUAAAGCAAGUGAUGAACCAACAAUGAAAGAAGCUGAAAUUUUGGAGGAAGAUAUCCUUACUGAAGAAACUUCAGAUUAUAAAGUAAAGAAAGUAAAGUCUGCUAAAGUCAUUACCCCUGAGGCUGAAUCUGCUUCACAGCAAGAAAAGAUUAAGCACGAUAAGAAAGUCGGGACUCAGGAAAAGGACGUUUCUGAGGAAAAAAUGGUUUCCCCCGAAAAAAGUAGUGAAGAUGAUAAAAGUGCUUCAGUUAAGAAGAAACAAAAAGCAGAUGACUUGCCCCAAGAAGAGGGUGUGUCUUUAAAAGAAGAUUUACCACAGAAGACAAAGGAGCAGAAAAUCGGUACAUCUGAAGAAAAACGAGCUGCAACUGAAGACAAAUCUGCACCUCAGGAAAAGGCUGCCACAGCGGAAGGGGUUUUGGAACAAGAGGUUGAAAUUUCUGAGGAAAAAACAGUGCCUAAGAAAAAGUUGAGCGUCGUUGAAAGUAUGAAAUCGACAUUAGCUGCUAAAGUUUCUGAAUUAAAAUCAUCUGUAGCAACGGCGAUUGGAUUGAAAGUGGCUAAAGUUGAAGAAAUUGUUCCACCAAAAGAGUCUGCUAAUGACCUGAAUGUUCCUGCUGAUGCCGAGAAGGUUGAUGUUGUCGUGGGUAAAGAGACCUGUAGCGGUGACACAGAAGCAGGUGUUGCUUUACACUCUACCGUAGAAAAAGUGGCUGAGUCUCAGGCAAUUACUGACGAGAAAAAACAGGAAGCAGUGUCUUUGAAAGAUAGCUUGGCUGCAAAGAAAGAAGAAAUUUUAGCCAAAAAGCAAGAACUGCUCGCUAAACAGGAAGCUGCCAUGAAGCAGCGAGAAGCCAGUGAAGAACCUUCCAGUGAACUGACGACAACCAGUGAAAUAAGCACAGAUACUUCCAGUGGUAUGGAAACGUACGUGGAAUUGAAGAAGCCAGGAAAAGAUGCAACUGAAAGUAAGGUGUCCUCGACAAAUGGAGAACCGACGGGGUCAGACCAGGCAUACAAAGAGUCCACAAUAUCGUCUGAUGCAACAGUAUCCUUGAAAAAGGGUAAGACUUACGGCAAGGAUGAAGCUACAGCUGAACUUUCGUUAGAAUUGAAUGGAAAGAAAGAAAUACAGACGUUUAUUGGCCUUGAAGAGUCUUUGAAGGAAACAGAAUUACAAUUUCUGAAGACUACAAAAGUUAUGGAAGCAGCAUUAGGAGAAGCUUCCAGCAUAUUUGAAAGCACAGAGGAACUUGAAGGGCAUAAGGUCAAGGUGUUAGAAAGGAAAGCUGAACUACUAGAAACUACUGACGAAGGUUUUGUCGUUGAUGGCAAAGUUCAGCAAACGUUAUCCGACGUUGCUGCAAAGAAAGGAGAAGCAAAAAUCACUGAAUAUUCUGAAAGCUCUUCAGUGCUAGAUACUACUGAAGCGAGAGUUGCCAAAGAAUUACAAAAAGAAGAGGAAACUGUCACUUCUGUUAAGAAGGAAGACCUUGUAAAAACAGAGCAAGACAAAAAAACACAAAUCAAGGAGGAUGCAGAAGCUCCUACAUUAGUCGAAACGGUGGACAGAAAAGACCAAACAGUCGUCUCCACGGAGGAUAAAAAAGUCAAAUCUCCAGACGCUCUCUGCAAAGAUGAAGUGAAAGAAGGAAAAUCCCCAGAAUCUGUCUCGGUAGAUGAUAGCGUCGAAGUUUAUGUUGUCGAGGCUGAAGGCAAAAUGGAACAAUAUGAUAAGUCCACUGUCUCAACAGAUGCAUCAGUGUCGCUGAAGAAGAAGGAACAGACUCUCGGGAGCGGCGAGGCUUCAGCGAAUCUCUUAAUUGACCUAGAAGCAAAGGAGAGAGGAAAGAGUCUUACACUUGAAGUUGUCUCCAAGGACGAUAAAACAGCUAAGUCUCCCAAAGCUGUUUCAAAAGAUGAUGAUAAAGCAAAAUCUCCUGAAACUAUUUCCGAGGAUGAAAAGAAAGCCAAGUCUCCGGGGGUUGACUCUAAGAAAGAUGCCAUGAAGGAACUCGAGGAAGCUAAAUUGAUGGCGGUAGAAGAGAAAGAAACUAAAAUUGAUGCCAAAGCCGCCUUGAAGCUUAAAGAUGAAGAUAAGGAAGCCCAAUCGUCUGAAACUGUCCCCAAGGAUGAAGUUAAGAAAGCCCAGUCUCCUGCAACCGUCCUCGAGGAUGAAGUUAAGACAGCCAAAUCUGAUGUUCUCAUUAAGGAAGAUGUAAAAGAAGCCAAAUCUCCUGAAUCUGUCUCCGUAGAUGAUACCAAUAGAGUUUAUGUUAUGCUGCCUGAAGGCAAAUCGGAAGAAUAUGAGGAGACUGCAGUCUCAACAGAUGCAUCAGUGUUGCUGAAGAAGAAAGGCCAGACCUUCGGGAGCGGAGAGGCUUCAGCAGAUCUCUCACUAGACCUUGAUCCCAAGAAGAAAGGAGAGAGACUUGCACUGGAAGCUGUCUCCAAGGAUGAUCAGACUGUCAAAUCUCCCGAAGCUGUCACCAAGGAUGAUAAGAAAGCCAAAUCCACAGAAGCAGUAUCUGGGGAUGAAACGAAGAAAGAGAAAUCCCCCAAAGAUGUUCUCAGGGAUGAAGUCAGUGUAGACAUACCUCCCGAAGCCGUAUCCAAGGAUGAUAAGGAAGGAAAAUCUCCUGAAACAAUAUCCAAGGAUGUUUGCAAAACUAAAUCUCCCGAGACUGUCUCUGACGAUGAUAAAAAAGCUAAAUCUCCUGAGGUUGUAUCUAAGGGUGACAAGAAAGCCAAAUCCCUCGAGGCUGACUCUGUAGAUGAUGCCAGCAAGAUUUAUGUUGCGCAACCGCAAGACAAAACUGAAGCAUAUGAGGAGUCCGCUGUCUCGACUGAUGCGUCAGUGUCGCUGAAGAAAAAGGGCCAGACCUUCAGAAGCGGCGAGGCUUCAGCAGAUCUCUCACUAGACCUUGAAACCAAGGAGAGAGGAGAGACACCUGCACUUGACGCUGUCUCCAAAGCUGAUAAGACAGCCAAGUUCCCCGAAACUGCUUCAAAAGAUAUGACGGCUAAAUCUCUUGAAGAUGUUCUCAAGGAUGAUGAGAGUGCAACCAAAGCUCCCGAAGGUGUCUCAAAAGAUGAUAAGAAAGGCAAAUCUCCUGAAGCUAUUUCCAUGGAUGAAAAGAAAGCCAAGUCUCCUGAGGUUGUCUCCAAGAAAGACAAAUCCCCCGAGGCUGUCUCUAAGAAAAAUGCCAAGGAGGAACGAGAGGAGUCUAAAUUGAAGGAGAUAGGAGAGAAAGGAGAGAUAUCCGACGCCAAGGAGAGCAAGAAACCAAAUAUAAUCGAUAAGGAUGCCAAGAGUAUUAAAGACUCCAAGGAAGUCUCCACGAAGCUUAAAGAAGAAGAUAAGGAAGCCGAAGCUUCUGAUCUCCAGGACGGUAAAAAGCCAAGCAUUAAGCCAGGUGACGCCCAGACGGUCAAGGACGCCCAAAAAGCAGUUAAGGACAGAGCGGAGAAAGUCGAAGCCCUCGAAGGAAAGGAAACAGCUGCUCAGGCCACCCAGGCAGCAAAAGCCGAGCUGAAUGACGAGGACAGGAAGGCCAAGUCUCCAGAAGGAGAAAUCAGUGAGCAGCCUAGCCUUCAGAAAGAGGAUGCUGAGACUGCCAAGAGGGCUGAAGAGAAGGCUAAAUUAAAAGGAGCGGCUGUAGCGAAGGAGGCAGAGAAGCCCAAGUCUGUGAAGGAAGAUGAAACUAAAUCUAAAUUGAAGGAAGAAAAGUCUGGCAUAAUGGAAGUAGACAAAGCCAAGUCUGUAGAAGAAGAAGAUAAAGCUAAGUCUAAAUUGAUGAAAGAAAAGGGUGAAGUAAAUGAAGACAGAGGCAUGUCUGCUAAGGAAGCUGAGGACAAGGCUAAAUUGACAGAGGAAAAGGCUGAAAUAAAAGAAGCAGACAAAUCAAAGUCUGCUGAAGAUGGUGACAAGUCUAAAUUGAAAGAAGAAAAGACUGAAGACAAGUCUAAGUUGAAAGAAAAAAUGGCUGAAGUUAAAGAAGCAGAAAGAGACAAGUCUGUUACAGAAGAUGAAGCAAAGACUAAAUUGAAAGAAGAGAAAGCUGGAGUAAAAGACGAUAAAGACAAGUCUGACACGAAAGGUGUAGACAAGUCUAAAUUGAAAGAAGAAAAGGCUGAAGUAAAUAAAGCAGACGAUGCCAAAUCCACCAAGGAACUUGAAGAUAAGUCUAGGUUGAAAGAAGAAAAAGACGAGGACAAGUCUGAACUAAAAAAAGAAAGGGCUGAAGAAAAGUCUCACUUGAAAGAAGAAAAGGCUGGAGUAAAAGAAGAAGACAAAGCAAAGUCUGCUAAGGAACCUGAAGACAAGUCUAAAUUGACAGAACAAAAGGCUGACGAAAAGUCUAAAUUGACAGAAGAAAAGCCUGAAGACAAGACUAAAUUGAGAGAAAAGGUUGAAGACAAACCUAAAUUGAAAGAAGAUGAGGCCAAGUCUAAACUGAAAGAGGAUGAGGCCAAGUCUAAACUGAAAGAAGACGAGGCCAAGCCUAAAGUGAAAGAAGACGAGGCUAAGACUAAAGUGAAAGAAGAAGAGGCCAAGCCUAAAGUGAAAGAAGAAGAGGCCAAGCCUAAAGUGAAAGAAGAAGAGGCCAAGCCUAAAGUGAAAGAAGACGAGGCCAAGCCUAAAGUGAAAGAAGACGAGGCCAAGCCUAAAGUGAAAGAAGAAGAAGCCAAGCCUAAAGUGAAAGAAGAGGCCAAGCCUAAAGUGAAAGAAGAAGAGGCCAAACCUAAAGUGAAAGAAGAGGAGGCCAAGCCUAAAGUGAAAGAAGAAGAAGAAGGCAAGCCUAAAGUGAAAGAAGAAAAAGCUAAGCCUAAAGAAAAAGAAGAAGAAGAGCCCAAGCCUAAAGUGAAAGAAGAAGAGGCCAAACCUAAAGUGAAAGAAGAAGAGGCCAAGCCUAAAGUAAAAGAAGAAGAGGGCAAGCUUAAAGUGAAAGAAGAAGAGGCCAAGCCUAAAGUGAAAGAAGACGAGGCCAAGCCUAAAGUGAAAGAAGACGAGGCCAAGCCUAAAGUGAAAGAAGAAGAGGCCAGGCCUAAAGUGAAAGAAGAAGAGGCCAAGCAUAAAGUGAAAGAAGAAAAGGCUAAGCCUAAAGAGAAAGAAGAAGAGGCCAAGCCUAAAGUGAAAGAAGAAGAGGCCAGGCCUAAAGUGAAAGAAGAAGAGGCCAAGCCUAAAGUGAAAGAAGAAAAGGCUAAGCCUAAAGAGAAAGAAGAAGAGGCCAAGCCUAAAGUGAAAGAAGAAGAGGCCAAACCUAAAGUGAAAGAAGAAGAGGCCAAGCCUAAAGUGAAAGAAGACGAGGCCAAGCUUAAAGUGAAAGAAGAAGAGGCCAAGCCUAAAGUGAAAGAAGAAGAGGCCAAACCUGAAGUGAAAGAAGAAGAGGCCAAGCCUAAAGUGAAAGAAGACGAGGCCAAGCCUAAAGUGAAAGAAGAAGAAGAGGCCAAGCUAAAAAUGAAUGAAGAAGAGGCCAAGGCUAAAGUGAAAGAAGAAGAAGAAGGCAAGCUUAGAGUGAAAGAAGAAGAGGCCAAGCCUAAAGUGAAAGAAGAAGACGCCAAGCCUAAAGUGAAAGAAGAAGACGCCAAGCCUAAAGUGAAAGAAGUAGAGGGCAAGUCAAAAGUGAAAGAAGAGGAGGCCAAGGCUAAAGUGAAAGAAGAGGAGACCAAGCCUAAAGUGAAAGAAGAAGAGGCCAAGGCUAAAGUGAAAGAAGAGGAGGCCAAGCCUAAAGUGAAAGAAGAGGCCAAGCCUAAAGUGAAAGAAGAAGAGGCCAAGUCUAAAGUGAAAGAAGAGGAGGCCAAGUCUCAAGUGAAAGAAGAAGAGGCCAAGUCUAAAGUGAAAGAAGAAGAGGCCAAGCCUAAAGUGAAAGAAGAAGAAGAGGCCAAGCUAAAAAUGAAUGAAGAAGAGGUCAAGGCUAAAGUGAAAGACGAGGCCAAGGCUAAAGUAAAAGAAGAAGAGGGCAAACCUAAAGUGAAAGAAGAAGAGGCCAAGCCUAAAGUGAAAGAAGAAAAGGCCAAGCCCAAAGUGAAAGAAGAAGAGGCCAAGCCUAAAGUGAAAGAAGAAGAGGCCAAGCCUAAAGUGAAAGAAGAAGAGGCCAAGGCUAAAGUGAAAGAAGAAGAGGCCAAGCCUAAAGUGAAAGAAGAAGAGGCCAAGCCUAAAGUGAAAGAAGAAGAAGAGGCCAAGCCAAAAGUGAAAGAAGAAGAAGAGGGAAAGCCUAAAGAGAAAGAAGUAGAGGGCAAGUCUAAAGUGAAAGAAGAAGAGGCCAAGGAUAAAGUGAAAGAAGAGGAGGCCAAGCCUAAAGUGAAAGAAGAGGCCAAGCCUAAAGUGAAAGAAGAAGAGGCCAAGCCUAAAGUGAAAGAAGAAGAAGGCAAGCUUAAAGUGAAAGAAGAAGAAACCAAGCCUAAAGUGAAAGAAGAAGAGGCCAAGCUUAAAGUGAAAGAAGGAGAGGCAAAGCCUAAAGUGAAAGAAGAAGAGGUCAAGCCUGAAGUGAAAGAAGAAGAGGUCAAGCCUGAAGUGAAAGAAGAAGAGGUCAAGCCUAAAGUGAAAGAAGAAGAGGCCAAGACUAAAGUGAAAGAAGAGGAAAAGCUUAAAGUGAAAGAAGACGAGGCCAAGCCUAAAGUGAAAGAAGAAGAGGCCAAGCCUAAAGUGAAAGAAGAAGAGGCCAAGCCUAAAGUGAAAGAAGAAGAGGCCAAGGCUAAAUUGAAAGAAGAAGAGGCCAAGACUAAAGUGAAAGAAGAGGAGGCCAAGCCUAAAGUGAAAGAAGAAGAGGCCAAGCUUAAAGUGAAAGAAGAAGAGGCCAAGCUUAAAGUGAAAGAAGAAGAGGCCAAGCCUAAAGUGAAAGAAGAAGAGGCCAAGCCUAAAGUGAAAGAAGAAGAGGCCAAGCCUAAAGUGAAAGAAGAGGAAGCCAAAGCUAAAGUGAAAGAAGAGGAGGCCAAGGCUAAAGUGAAAGAAGAAGAGGGCAAGGCUAAAGUGAAAGAAGAGGAAGCCAAGCCUAAAUUGAAGAAAGAGGAGGCCAAGGCUAAAGUGAAAGAAGAGGAUGCCAAGGCUAAAUUGAAAGAAGAGGAGGAUGCCAAGGCUAAAUUGGAAGAAGAGGAGGCCAAGGCUAAAUUGAAAGAAGAGGAGGCCAAGGCUAAAGUGAAAGAAGAGGAGGCCAAGCCUAAAUUGAAGAAAGAGGAGGCCAAGGCUAAAGUGAAAGAAGAGGAUGCCAAGGCUAAAUUGAAAGAAGAGGAGGAUGCCAAGGCUAAAUUGAAAAAAGAGGAGGCCAAGGCUAAAGUGAAAGAAGAGGAGGCCAAGGCUAAAGUGAAAGAAGAGGAGGCCAAGGCUAAAUUGAAAGAAGAGGAGGCCAAGGCUAAAGUGAAAGAAGAGGAGGCCAAGGCUAAAUUGAAAGAAGAGGAGGCCAAGGCUAAAGUGAAAGAAGAGGAGGCCAAGGCUAAAUUGAAAGAAGAGGAGGCCAAGGCUAAAUUGGAAGAAGAGGAGGAUGCCAAGGCUAAAUUGAAAGAAGUGGAGGCCAAGGCUAAAUUGAAAGAAGAGGAGGCCAAGGCUAAAGUGAAAGAAGAAGAGGCCAAGGCUAAAGUGAAAGAAGAGGAAGCCAAGGCUAAAUUGAAAGAAGAGGAUGCCAAGGCUAAAGUGAAAGACGAAGAGGCCAAGGCUAAAGGGAAGAAAGAGGAAGCCAAGGCUAAAGUAAAAGAAGAGGAGGCCAAGGCUAAAUUGAAAGAAGAGGAGGCCAAGGCUAAAUUGAAAGAAGAGGAGGCCAAGGCUAAAUUGAAAGAAGAGGAGGCCAAGGCUAAAUUGAAAGAAGAGGAGGCCAAGCCUAAAGUGAAGAAAGAGGAGGCCAAGGCUAAAGUAAAAGAAGAGGAGACCAAGGCUAAAUUGAAAGAAGAGGAGGCCAAGGCUAAAUUGAAAGAAGAGGAGGCCAAGGCUAAAUUGAAAGAAGAGGAGGCCAAGGCUAAAUUGAAAGAAGAGGAUUCCAAGCCUAAAUUGAAGAAAGAGGAGGCCAAGGCUAAAGUAAAAGAAGAGGAGGCCGAGGCUAAAUUGAAAGAAGAGGAGGCCAAGGCUAAAUUGAAAGAAGAGGAUUCCAAGCCUAAAUUGAAGAAAGAGGAGGCCAAGGCUAAAGUAAAAGAAGAGGAGGCCGAGGCUAAAUUGAAAGAAGAGGAGGCCAAGGGUAAAUUGAAAGAAGAGGAGGCCAAGGCUAAAUUGAAAGAAGAGGAGGCCAAGUCGAAACUGAAAGAAGAAGAAGAGGCCAAGUCUAAACUGGAAGAAGAAAAGUCUGAAACAAAGAAACCAGACAAAGCCAAAUUUGUCAAGGAUGCUGCGAACAAGUCUAAACAGAAAGAAGAUAAGGCUGAAUUAAAGGAUUCAGAGAAAGCCAAACCUCUCGAGUCUACAGAAAUAAGAAAGUCAAGCAUUAAAGAGCGAAAGAGAUCGAGUGUCAAAUUAGGUGAAGUCAAGAAGGUCUCGGAAGCUGAGACAAAGGCCGAAGUCUCGUCGCAAGAGAAGAAAGGACCAAGCCCGAAAGACGACGACACACUGACGAAGGCUCCCGAAGCCAGAGUGAGGAAGAGAUCAAGCGGUGAGGCUGACCAGAAGGACUUCGCAAAGUCCUCCAGAGAGGCGCAAGACAAGUCGCCCAAGGACCAGCGUGACUUCGAAGAGUCCUCCAGAGAGGCGCAAGACAAGUCGCCCAAGGACCUGACGACCGUGCGGGCCGCUGAGUUGCGGAAGCAGGAAGAAAUUCUCAGGAAAAAGGAAAUUAAUAUGAAAGAGGAACAGAUUAGAGAAGAGAAAGAGGAGAUGCUGAGACAACAGGAGACAGAACGUGCUAGGAAGGAGAGUGCGAAGCGCAAAGAAGAAAUGGAAAAGUUAGAGAGAGAAGAAAAAGAAAUGGCUGAAAAGAGGAAAAGGAAGAAAGAAGAAGAAGAAAGGCAGAGGAUUGAGGAGUUAGAGAAACAAAAGAAGCAAGAAGAUGAAAGGGCUGAGAGAAGAAGAAAGAAUAGGGAAGAACAAGAAAAGAUGAUGAGAGAAGACGAAGAGCGACAACAACAAGAAGAAAAAGAGAGGAAACUAAGAUUGCAAAAGAGAAAAGAGGAGCAGGAAAGAUUACGAAAAGAAGAAGACGCACGAAUGUUAAAAGAGGAGGAGGAGAGACGAGAGCAGAGAAGACAGAGGAGGCUAGAGGAAGAGAAAGCCAUGAAAGCACUAGAAGAAAAGUAUCAGAAGGACGAAGAGGAGAGAAAGGAGAGGAGACGGAAGGAGAAUGAAGAGGAAGAAAGGCAUAGAAGGCAAAAAGAGGAGGAGAGACGAAGACGAUUGGAAAAAGAGCAGGAAAUAAGAAGAAGACAGAAACAGAAGGAAAUAGAAGAAGAGGAUAGACGGCUCCAAGAAGAGGAAGAACGGAGACAAGAAAGAAGAAAAAGAAGAGAGGAGCACGACAAACUCAUGGUCGAAGAGGAGUCGAAGAGGGACUCGGAAUCUAGAAAGAGGAUUGAAGAGGAAAAGAAGAGGCUUGAAGAAGAGCUACGUAAACGGGAGCUAAAGAAGAGGAGAGAAGACGAGAUUUUGCAGCAAGGGGAAGAAUUCUUGAAGAAGGAGGAGGAGCGCCGGCGGAAGCGGAUGGAGGAACGCCGCCAGUGGGAGCUGGAGGAGCAGCGGGAGCACCAGCAGAUAGAACACGAGUAUGAGGAACGCCGCCAACUGGAUCGGACCAAGAGGAGGAUAGAGUACUCGGAGAAGGAACUCAUUGACGCUAGCAAAUAUGGCUCCCUGGAGAGGCGGUCCCGCACCUACUCUUCUGACAGUGAGGGCCCCGGCCGGAGGGACCCCAAGCGCCGGCCCAAGUUCAGCACCAAACUGCAAGACCGACAGACCGUCAAGGGGACCCGGGUCCGCCUCUCCUGCAACAUCAUCUACCCGGCCGACGAGGAACACCCCGAGAUCGAGUGGUUCAAGGGCGGCUACCCCAUCAAGGAGGACGAGCGAAUUAAGGUGGUGAACCACGAGGGCGUGGCGUCGCUGGAGCUGGCUCACACUUGCCGCUCAGACGCCGGCGAGUACACCUGCACCGCCAAGAACCGCCACGGUCGCGUCUCCACCACCUGCGACCUGCGAGUGAAGGGCGAGGAAGACCACAAGCCCAGCCCUCCCACCUUCACCACCAGCCUCAGAGAACGGUACGUGGUAGAGGACGACGAGCUGGUGCUGUCGUGUCACGUGAUGGGCCACCCGCAGCCGAAGAUCACGUGGUUGAAGGACGCCGACAAGCUGCCCGCCUCGCCUCGCUUCCACACCACCAUCAACGAGGAGGGCAUCUGCAAACUCAUCAUCAGCUCUCCGCGCGCGGCCGACUCCGGCACCUAUACCUGCCACGCCGAGAACAGAGUCUACCGUGAUGAAAUUUCAGGAACUAUUCAAGUCCAAGCUCUCUUGGAGAAAGAACGCAAGAAUGACGAGCGCCCAGACGACAGCGAACGUCCUCGCUUCGUUAGCGAGCUUUGCGACCAGUUCGUUGAAGAGAACGGAACCCUCACUCUCCAGGUCGAUGUGGCAGGCUCUCCACCACCGGAGGUGCUGUGGUUGUUCAACGGCCGACCUCUACAUCCUUCCGGCAAGUUCCGCAUCUCAGCUACGGGGGGCACCCACACCCUUACCGUCUUCCAAGUGACGUCCAAGGACCUGGGCUGCUACUCCUGCAAGAUCGCCAAUAAGUAUGGACAGACGUACACACUGAGUACCGUCUCCUUCGGCUCGCCGAAGUCCCGACGAGCGGUGGCAGCGGCUGAAGCUGACACAGAGAUGCGAGCACCCACCUUCACCGCCCGCCCAGAGAGCAUGAUCACCGUCUUUAGGGAUGACGAGAUACGCCUCUGCUGCGCCGUCCAAGGCGAGCCCACUCCCAGGGGUAAGCCACAUAACUCUCUCAAGGGUGUCACCUUUUUGAAAGUGGAGGCUUGGAUCCUCGGGGAGGAGGCCCGCUGGCAGGAGCUUGGUGUGUCUCCAAUUCCGUCAUUCGAUGUGUACAACUUGAAGACGGAUCGUGAAUACCUGUUCCGUGUGACUCCGAGGAACAAGUAUGGGUGGGGCGAGGCAGUGAUGACCCCGCGACCCAUCCGAGUGGGCCGCAAGAUAGAGCACCCUAACCUACCCAAGGCUCUGCCACACCAAGUUCGCGCCAUGCCCGGAGGACACAUAUCUCUCGAUGCCCAGAUAACGGGAGAACCCAUGCCGGAGAUCCGCUGGUACAAAGACGGCACAUUCAUCGAUGUGAACCGCUACCCAAGGUUCUCCUCCGUCUCCUCCGAGAGCUCGCUGCACGACGUGUUUGGCCUAGUGAGCAAGGUGAGUCUGAGGAUCGAGGACCUGCAGUGGGAGGACGAGGGGAAGUACGAGCUGGAGGUGGUGAACCCCGGGGGUCGCGUCACUUCGUAUACGCGAGUCACGGCCACCAGCGACUGCUCCGUUCUCGAGGCCCAGGAGCGCAUCAACAACAACCUGCUGGCGCUCUCCCGCCUCGACCUGGUGUCCAGCAUGGCCCCUCAGUUCACCAUGCGACUGCGAGAUCGACGUGUCCAAGUGGGCUUCCCCGUCCGCCUCACCUGCCAGAUCGUGGGCAUCCCCAGGCCACAGGUCUCCUGGUACAAGGACGACGAGGCUAUUUCUCCCGACGACGGUCACACCAUGUGGCAGGAGGACGGCCACUUCUAUACUCUGGAGAUUUCCAGCUCCAUCCACGACGACGCCGCUGUCUACUCUGCCUGCGCUGUCAACCCCUACGGCUCCGUCCUCUGCCGCUGCCGCCUUAUAGUCGACUCCGGCCUAAGAUCAUACAUCUCGCCGAUGUUCUUGCGGGAGUUGGAGGACCAGAGCGCCCGCGAAGGCUCCACUAUCACCAUGCAGACAGUCAUUGAGGCCUACCCCACCAUCGGCGUCGUCUGGCACCGAGACGGCCAGCGCAUCAGGCCCUCCCGCAAGCACUCCUUCGACCUCGACGUGGACGGCGUGGCCACGCUGGUGAUCCGCAACGCCGAUUACACCGACGGCGGCAUCUACACCUGCACCGCCAAGAACGAGAUGGGCCACAUCGAGUCCAUGUGCCGCGUCUCCGUCUCCUGCACCGACUCCGAUCUCGCUGUAUAACAAGGAGCCCAUGUUCGUGCGGAAGCCUCGAACCAUUGACGCGGAGGAGGGCGACCUGGUCAUCAUCGAGUGUGAGGUGGCAGGCGACCCCAAGCCCACCGUCACCUGGCUUCGCGACUGGCUUAAGCCGAGCUUGUACAGCGACGGGUCGAGGUUCCAGGAGGUGGGGACGGGCCCCGUGUACCGCCUGGAAAUACCCAACUGCCAAUUGGAGGACACUGGCGCCUACAGCAUACUGGCAAAGAACGACCAUGGCGAGACGCGGGCCAUCAUCUCCUUGCAGGUCUAUGCCAAAGGCCUAAAGGGUGAACUGGAAGGAAGACCAAUAAAGAGGGGCGUGAUGGAGCACGUGCCGGUGGUGACGCGGCCGCUACAGGACGUACGCUGUUGCGACGGCGACAGCGUCACCCUCGAGGCCCUGGUCGACGCCCCGAAGACCUCUCUCAUCCGCUGGGAGAAACAAGGCAAGGUGCUGAAGCUGGGCGGGGACCUGGAGAGCGAGUGGGACGACUCGAGGGUGACCCUCAAGAUCCGCGAAGUCUACCCGGAGGACGAGGGCGAGUACUCUUGCAUCAUCUUCAACGACAUGGGCAAGGCCGUCACCUCCGCCACCCUCGUCGUAGAGAUGGCUGACGACAAGGAGAACGACGUGACCGUCCAGCUGGAGCAUCGGCCAGACCUCUCCCGCAGGACCACGCCCUCCAGGACCAACACUCCCUCCAGGUUCUCCCGCUCGCCCUCCGUCGCCUUCCAGCGUGAGGGAAGCGCCCAUUCGUGGGCCGGCGUCGGCUGGCGGGAAUCCUCCGUCACCAUCUCUCACUGGCGCCCUCUGUCACGCGGCUCCUCCCCGCUGCUACUAGCUCGUCGCUUGACACCGGAGCCCAGCACGCGCUCCAAGACCCGCCGCUCCCACGGGCCCAAGUUCUACUACAUCCCGCACGACCGCAUCGUCGAGGAGGGCGACUCCGUCUCCUUCCAGUGCGCUGUCAAGGGGUAUCCGGUACCGAGGGCGAUAUGGGACAAGGACUCCAUAAGGCUCCUGGAUGAUGGUCGCUUCAAGAUGACGGAGAAGGACGAGAUCCGCAUCCUGGAGAUCCCUAAGGUCUCCCAGCAGGACGCCGGCCUCUACAGGGUCACCAUAGAGAACGACCUGGGCCGGGAGCAGGCCACAGCUAGACUGGAUGUGAUCAAGGCGACAGGGAACAAGUACAGCGGCUACGUCAGGUCGUGGUACUCUUCCCCGCUGACGACGCCUCGCUUCACCCGCACCAUGCCCUCCACCACCGUCAGGGAGGCCUCCACCAUACGACUCUCCACAGAGUACCGUGGUUCGCCCACACCCAGGGUCAAGUGGUACAGGAACAACGAGCUGCUGCCAUUGUGCGAAGAGUUCCCGCAGAACUACGACGGAACGUCAGCGUCUCUGGAGAUCCCUUCAGCCACCACCGGGGACGCUGGCACCUACACCUGCGUCCUCGUCAAUGAUGCUGGCAAGGCGGAGUGCUCCUGUGAGGUGAUGGUGGAGUAUCACAAUGACACUGGAGACCAGCCGCCGUACUUCCUCAGACCACUCCAGGAUCUCACCGCCCUGGAUGGCGACGAGGUCACACUAUCCGUCAGGCUCUCGGGGUCGCGGCCCAUGAAGGUGGUGUGGGUUCGUGACGAUCAGAUCAUCUCGGACUCUCCUGACUUCCUCUACAAGGAGGACGUCUGUGGCAAAUUCUCACUUGUUAUCCGCGAUGUGUUCCCAGAAGAUGCUGGCAUCUACAUCUGUGAAGCCUAUAAUGCCCAUGGAGAUGCCCACUGCCACUGCAAGCUAGAUGUCCAUGAUCCCAGAGUAGUGGAGUCAAGUCCUCCCCGCCUGGUCGGGUGCCUUACGCCCCUCGAGGUGGAAGAAGGCUUAGCAGCCAGGUUGUGUGUUGGUGUGCAUGGCUCCCCUCGACCCACCAUCACCUGGUACUGUGAUGGCCGCAAGAUCACGCCCACACCUAGGAUCAGGGUGGAAAUGGACGAGGACGUUGGAGUAGAUGAGCCUGUCCCUCACACUCUGGGCAUCCUCCAUGCACUCUCUACUGACUCUGGUGUUAUCUCUGUUGUCGCAGAAAAUUGUCUCGGAUCAGACACUGCCUCAACCACUCUAAAGGUGCAACCGUAUGCCAGGCGAGCUGAGCGGACCCAGUCUGCCCCUUGUGGAUCAUCCAGCACUGGUGCCGCCGUUGGCAGCUCAUCGGCACCCACUCCACUUCUUACCUCAACCUCCCCUGCACCCAGGAUAAGACCCAUGCUGAAGGAGGUGACCAACUUAUUGACGGGUAGUGUGGACUCUGCUUAUGGUAGUACAAGUCUCCGGGACUCGGCCAGUGGCUGCAGCAGCUCUCUCUCCAAUGUUAGUGAAUUGGAGUAUGACAACACCUAUAAAGACCGCUUGAAGAUUGAUACAAUAAAGCCGCUAAGAAAUGUGGAAAUCCAACAGUUGAAGAAAGAGGAGAUGGAAGUGAAGACUAUUGACAAGGCAGUGGAGGAGGAUGCAGAAGUAGCAAUAGUAGAAGAGGUGGUAGCAUCAAUGGCAGCAGCAGGAGAGGAUGAGGUAGCAGCAGCAGCAGCAGCAGAGGAGGAGGAGGAGGAGGAGGAGGAGGAGGAGGAGGAGGAGGCAGAGGAAGAUGAGGAAUCUGGUGCAGAGAUCAUGCAGGGACCUCUGGACAUGACGGUUCUGAAGGGCCAGUCAGCCACCCUCACAGCCACCUUUACAGGAAAACCAGAACCUAUCGUUUCUUGGCUUAAGAAGGAACAAGAGAUCGUGAAUGGUGGGCGUUACGAAUUAAAGACGGAGGAAGGGGUCACCAGCCUCACCAUUCACAAUGUGGUUCAGGAGGACUGUGACAAGUACACUAUUGUGGUGAGGAAUGUCCAUGCGGCACAUGCAGCCUUUGCUUCUCUGGCUGUAGGAAGUGCCCCUGAACCUCCAGCUAACAAGCCCAACCACAGUGAGGUGACGGCAGACUCUAUCACUUUGUCAUGGUAUGGCCCAACCUAUGAUGGCGGCUCGGUGGUGACAGGUUACACAGUGGAGGCACGCAAAGCGGACCAACAAGACUGGUACACACUUAUCAAUGGGUGCCAUUCGACCUCGUACAUCGCACGGGGUCUGGAGAAGAACUGCCAGUAUGAAUUCCGUGUUCGAGCCCAGAACAUGCAUGGGGUAUCGGAUCCCUCCAAGCCAUCUUUGCCAGUUACAACUGCUGACCCGGCUGACAAAGAGGAGGAGCCCGAGCCAGAAGAUCAUGAGACAGCAUUUGCACCCCUGCAUGUUGAAAUUGAGCCUGGUGGUAUGUUCGAUAAGCAGUACAAUGUGCAUGAAGAAGUGGGAAAAGGCCGCUUUGGAGUUGUGUACAGAGUAACGGAUAAAAUUACUGGGGUAAGAAGAGCUGCAAAGAUUAUCAGGUGCAUAAAGGCAAAGGAAAAAGAAAAGGUUCGUGAGGAAAUAGACAUUAUGAAUUCUCUGCGACAUCCAAAAUUACUACAACUUGGGGCAGCAUAUGAACGGCCGAGAGAAAUGGUUAUGGUUAUGGAAUACAUAUCUGGAGGAGAACUAUUUGAACGCGUUGUGGCCGAUGAUUUUGCCUUGACAGAAAGAGACUGUAUUCUCUUCGUCAGGCAGAUCUGUGAGGGAGUUCAGUACAUGCAUAAAUCCCUGAUAGUGCAUCUUGAUCUGAAGCCUGAGAACAUUCUGUGUGUACGUCGAACUUCCCAUCAGAUAAAACUCAUCGACUUUGGCUUGGCUCGCCGCUUUAACCCAGAUGACCCAUGCAGGGUCCUCUUUGGCACACCUGAGUUCAUUGCCCCAGAAAUCAUCAACUAUGAACUAAUUGGGUUUGCAUCAGACAUGUGGUCUGUAGGAGUUAUAUGCUAUGUAUUGUUAUCGGGCCUGUCUCCUUUCAUGGGUGACAAUGAUGCAGAGACCUUUGCUAACAUCACUCUUGCCGAGUUCGACUUUGAUGAUGACGCAUUUAGUGCUAUAACUGAUGAUGCCAAAGAUUUUAUAACAUCUCUACUAAUCAAAGAAAAAGAGGAGCGACUAACUGCCGAAGAAUGCUUUAAUCAUCCUUGGCUAGCACAGACGGAAGAAGAUAUGAACAAAGUGGUACUGUCGACUGAUAAACUAAAGAAGUUCAUAAUAAGACGGAAGUGGCAGAAAACUGGAAAUGCUAUCCGUGCACUUGGACGAAUGGCCAGCCUCACCAAUCGCCGCAGUUCUCAGCCCUCGUCGCCAACCCGACUUUCACCUCUCCCAGAGAACCAUGCCCAUACACCCACAUCCCCCUCCUCCCCUUCUCCUGCUUCCUCUCCAAACAUCCUUUCAAAGCCCAAGGGUUGUGCUCCCGUGACACGUCCAUCCACCAGUAUGGUCAGCGAGAGGAGUGACUCUGGUAUCAGUGAAUGUUCUUUUAGUAUUGAGGAAAAUAACCAAAAUCAGGGUAACAAUCAAUUUGGUAUUACAAAUGGUCGUGCUGUUACAGGGCGCAAUGUUCUCAAAAGUGGAAAGACACCUUCUUUAGACUGGCAGUCCUCCGUCGACUCUGCUGUCUGUGAUGACGACUACAUCAGCAAGAGUAGCUUUGGAUCUUCCCCCAGAAAGAUAUCCAGGGAGGCACUAAUUCAUGCUAAGUCUGCUGUUGCUGAUACUCGCAUGAAUGCCCACUCAAGAAUAUGAAUAAAGCCGUGUAUAGGACAAAUUUAUGAAUAGUGAAAUAAUUCUUAUAUAAAAAGAUAUAUGUACAUAUUAUACAGAAAGACUAUUUAGAAUUAGCUUAUGUCUUCUGAAUUUCAAUAAGAGGUCACUGUAAUAUAGAUAGGCGUAUUAAGCAUCAUACUGUAGGGCAUGUACUUUUCACUGUGUUGAUAUAAUAUUGACCAAAUUGAAAAGACCCUUGCAAAAUGCUAUAGUUCUCAUGCAUAAUGGCAUUGCAGUACAGGAUGGUCGCUGUGACUGUAAUUUGUCUAUCCAAUCCAUGUCCUGAUACAUGGAGCCGAUUAGACGUUGCCAAGAUGGGGUCAAGAGUGUUAAAUUUAAUAAACUGAAAAUCUCCCAAAAAAUGACCUCUGAACAAUGUGUCUGUGACACGAGACAGAGGAUUUUGUAUUUUCGAACCCCAAAUGUCGACCAGCCAAAAUGAAUUUGAAGGGCUGAUGAUGUGUCCAAAUUAUACUUUAUAUGUGAAUAAGUGCUGUGUCACAAGCAAGUCAAUGGAAGAAUGUAACAAGUGUGUUUAAUAUAUUUGUCGUGACAGUUUGGUUUACUGGAGCGUGCCUAAAAUUUGCUUUUGUUAAACCUUAUUGUCACCAAGUUUGUUUAACUUUGCUGAAAACCCAACAAAUUGUCCUAGUUAUCUACAACUUGUUUUUGCACAAUGCCACAAUAUUAUAUUCUUUAUCAGUGCAGUGCCAAAUUCUACAGCUGAUAUAUUUAGAUGGUUUGCCUGAUAUCAUUCCAUGUAACUCCAUCCUUUCCUGCAUAAUUUAAAUGACAUCUGGAUGUUUCAUUUUACUUAUCAUCCCGUUUCUUUGUGAAUGUACCUCAAUGAGAUGUUCUCUUCACCCCAUUUAAUGGUAUUUAACUUUUAGUUAUUUAAAAUUGGUGCUUAAAUAAGGACAAAUUAAAGUAGGCUGUCUUGUUAUUUAAGUAGGUCACUGUACCAUUGUGGCUUUGCUUACAAAGUAUCUCAGCAGCCUGAUAUUUAGAGCUAACUAACUAGGCCCAAGUUUAAUGUAUUGCUGUACUGUAAAGAAAAACUGUAACCAAAAAUUAAUACCACUUCUGUAAUGGGCUUCAAACUCUAUACAAAAAUGUCUCAAUUGGCAAGUCUCCUCAAGAAUCUCCUGUUGACACUGUAGAUAGAAAGCGUGGUUAAUGAUGUAAUCGUGUAGCUGCUGUAUUGUGAUAUUGUAGAUAAUCACCCAAGUAUAUGCAUGAUACUGUUGUUAAAAGAUUAAAAAGAUUUAUUUGAAA